AUGGUCCCCCCACCGCCAUCUCACUCGCGAUCUGGAACUUUCUCACCUGCUCCUGCCCAGAGUUUGCAGACAGGGCUUACACAUUCUCCCCAUCCGUCACAGACAGGUCCACUGAGUGCUGGCGCAAGUCCCAGUACCAGCAGUCCGACCACGGGGACUAGCUCUCUUACAAAAAUUGUUGUUGCCCAAGUCUAUCUUCUUCUGAGUACAAUCAAGGAGGACAAGGACCGCGCAAAGUGGGAACUACAGGUGGAUCAACUAAAAAAACUCCUCGAUGAUCACGGAAUGGAGGUGUUUUCUAAAUAUUUCACCCGGUUGGUAGCCGGCAAUGCUCCCCAAAUCUUCCCGGGCAUCAACCGACCUGUUGCCAAUCCUGGCAACUACUCGCUCCUAGCCGGAGAGAUGGCCAAGAUCUCCCAUGAUCUUGACCAAGCCUCCAAAAUAUCCGAGUCGAUCGAGACUGCUAACGAAGAUAUCUUCCGCGAUUUUGAUCUGUCUACAUUUAUGGAGCACUUCAAACUUGAUGCCUUGGAGAAGACUAUACUGGCGCUGGCGUUCAAGUUCGGAUCCCGUCAAGAUCUGAAGACUAAGGCUGAUGCGAUACUAUCGACGAAUUUUCCUACCUUUGUAAACAUAAUCUCGCGCGCAGAUUAUGGCGACCAUUCCGACCUCACCCCCUCCUUCAUUGCCGCUAUCGUCGAUCGUUAUAUCCAGGGUCACCCGCCCAACUUUAACUCGGCCGCUAAGCACGAGCUGAGCCAUAAAGUUCAGUCGCGUUGGUUGCAGGUAGAUCAAGCGCCUCCGAUGGAGGUCCUAGCUGCUUUGGAUCUUAUCAGAGUACUAGGCGAGAAGCCCCCCAACGCGCUAGCUCUCUACAUCCAAAGGACUGGCACGGACUUUACCCGCGACGAGGAGACUUGUGCCGCUUAUCUUCAGUCUCGGCCGAAUAAUAUUCAUCUGAGUGAAGAGCAGGUCUCUACCGCUUUAACUUACACAACCGUCAGCAUCACGUACCGUCAUAAUCCUUCUGUCCUCGUUUCGACCCUUCGCCGUAUCCUGCCUCCUAGUUUCCGCUGGCACGACGUCGUCGCGUAUUUUGAUCAACGUGACGUACGCGUUUCAUCUGCACAGUUCCUACGAUUAUACGAAGCACUUCUACCUAUCGCGCAAGCCCAAGAGGAACCAUCGUCUCCUUUCAACAUCCAAAGUCUCUGGGGAGGAUCUCAUUGGGAGAACCCGGAAACUCAGCUGUCUUUCAUAUGCGCAUUUGCGUCCUUGAGCCCGGAUCAACUAGAUGCCAGUACCAUUCCCGGCCUUCAGCCAACGUUCACGUUAGAAGAAUAUGCGAACUCGCCACCCGAGGUCCGCGAGCGAGCAGCAGUGGCCGUAAAGCACCCUCUUGUUUCGAGUCUAGCUCUGUCAGCAAUCUUCCAGGUCGCCCUUCACUCCCUGCACGCAUCGCAAAGUACGGAGGCGAAACGGCUAUUCCAAGAGGUGGUUGUACCAAACCUUGACAUCUUCAUUGUCUCUGCUUUCGGCGUUCCCAAGCCGUGGCCGUCAAUGGCGGUGGAAACCCUCGCAUCUCUAUUCGACAACUUCCUUCAUCGACGUUCUGAGUAUCACGACUUUGUUCUGGAUAGUCUCUGGAGGAAGGAUAGGGAUUGGGUCACCCAGAGACUUGUCGAUGCUCAUGCUAUGAAGCCGAUGGAUCUUACGCUUAUCUUUGAGCAUGUCAUCAAACAUGGCUGGCUGGACGAGUUGGUGUACUUGCCAAACGGAUUUGGAUAUGACCUUGCAGCGCUCGCGCACGCUGAGGGCCAGCUCGAUCUUUCUCAGUGGGCCCACAACAACGCUGAGCGAAGUCCUGCCAUCUCCCAGUCUCUGUUGCAGUUCUUGAUGAUCAAGGCAAACCUGGAGUUGGCGUCUCAAAAACCCGGAGAAGGGCAGCUAGUAGCAAAGACUACCACGCCCCUCCAUGUAAAGACGGUGCUCGCCAUGCUACAAAUUCUGGAGGACUUCUUGCCGCGAAACCCUUUACCCGAGUUAAUCAUCGUUCAGCGCGUGUGCAUUACAGCUUAUCCCCGACUUAUCAACUACGGGGAAGGUUUUGAUGACAUCAUUGACGCCAACGGAAGGGAAGGCAAUGGGCUGCCGCCCGCUGCAAUUGCUAAGAUGGAGGAACACUAUAAGAAAAUGUAUGGAGAAGAGUCGGAGGUCAAGUACGUCGUCCAGAAGCUUGAGGAAUAUAAGCAAUCGCGAGAUCCUUUGGACCAAGAUAUCUUCGCGUGCAUGAUUCACGGCCUCUUUGACGAAUAUUCUCACUUCAUCGACUAUCCUCUCGAAGCCCUUGCUACUACCGCGGUACUGUUUGGUGGUAUCAUUUCCCACAAGCUCAUCUCUGAGUUGCCUCUUAAGAUCGGGCUUGGUAUGAUCCUGGAGGCAGUGAGAGAUCACGGUAUUGACGACUCGAUGUAUAAAUUUGGACUUCAAGCCUUGAUCCAGAUCACCUCACGUUUCAGGGAGUGGCCUGGGCUGUGCAAGCAGCUCCUCCAGAUCCCUGGCUUACGUGGUACAGACGCGUACAGGAAAGCAGAGGAAGCUGUGCUAGAAGAUGAGGAAGACCGCGCACGCAAUCAGAACGGCACAACGACCCCGAGUCAUAUAGUGAAUGAACCAAUCUUGAACGGAACAGCCGACGGUCCGGAAGCUCACACUGCCCCUUUUACAUCAAUUAAUGUCGAUCCAGCAUCCCCCGGGGUUGCAUUCGAAGAGCCAAUCGUCGAUAUUCAGGACAGGGUUCAAUUUGGGCUGAACAAUCUCACAGCUUCGUCAUUACAAACGACCUAUAAGGAAAUCCAUGAUAUCUUGGAAGAGCGGCACCAGCAAUGGUUUGCCAGUCACCUCGUCGAGGAGCGGGCAAAGAUGCAGCCAAACUACCAUCAGGUGUACCUUGAUCUCGUGAAACUUUUCCAGAACUCGGAUCUAUGGUCUGAGGUGCUCCGACAAACUUACAUCAGCGUCUCUCGCAUGCUGAACUCGGAGAGCACAAUGCAGAACUCUACUGACAGGACUCACCUCAAGUAUUUAGGCGCCUGGCUAGGUCUCCUAACGAUCGCAAGGGACCAGCCAAUCAAGCAUAAGAACAUUGCUUUUAAGCAACUGCUCAUUGAAGCCCAUGAUACUAAGAGAUUGGUUGUAGUUGUACCUUUUGUUUGUAAGGUGUUGAUACAGGCCUCGAAGUCGACCAUCUUCCGGCCUCCGAAUCCGUGGCUGAUGGAUAUUAUCCAUCUCCUCAUCGAGCUCUAUCAUCACGCCGAAUUAAAACUGAACCAGAAAUUUGAGAUCGAGGUUCUUUGUAAAGAUCUGAAUCUGGACCAUAAGAGUAUCGAACCGUCCAGUGAACUACAAGAUCGCGUUCCGGUCGAAGAAGUGAUUGAUAUCGCCGCGCAAGAUCCUCUAGAGCAUUUCGAGAACUUGUCUCUCAACGGAAUGGCUGGCGCUGUUCCAACUGGCCUAACCCCCCAUCCUAUUCCUGUCUCUAUACCAGAUAUCAGUGCACUUCUUUCGAUCCCACCCACAAACGAGAUGGUUGUUAACAGCGUUCGUCUUCAUGAGAUCGUUCGAACCGCCGUAACGAAGGCGCUUCAGGAUAUAAUCCAGCCAGUAGUCGAUAGAUCCGUUACAAUUGCUGCGAUCAGUACCCAGCAGAUGAUCCAUAAAGACUUCGCUACAGAACCCGAUGAGAACAAGCUUCGCACGUCUGCGAUCAACAUGGUCAAAGCAACCGCGGGCAGUCUCGCCCAGGUUACUUCUAAGGAGCCUCUCCGGGCUAAUAUUACGAACUACAUGCGCAAUGCCGCGACCGAGCUCCCGCACUCGCUGCCCGAAGGCACAAUUAUCAUGUGUGUCAACUCGAAUCUCGAGCUUGCUUGCAACGUCAUCGAAAAGCAGGCCGAAGAACGCGCUGUGCCUGAAAUUGAGGAGAUGAUUGAAGGCGAGAUAGAGGCCAGGCGCCGUCACCGUGUGCAGCGACCUAAUGAGCCCUAUGUUGAUCCCAGUCUCAGCCGAUGGGCAAUGACCAUUCCGAAUCCUUACAAGCUCUCUCCGAGCAUGGCUGGUUUGAAUUCGGAGCAGAUGGCGAUCUACGAAGACUUUGCAAGACAGCCGAGGGGUGCUACCCAACCCGGAGCGACCCACGCCUCGUCAGCAUCGGAUGCUACUAGGAAUAUCGCAAACGAGGUCCUGCAAGAUUCGUACAGCUCUAUUCCAAACCUCGCCACACCGGCCGAGACCCCAUCCCUUCCCCAUCUAAAUACGCAACUGCCUUACCCUCAUGUACAUGCAGGGAUGGCUAACGGACGUCCUUCGGCCCGCCCCGUUGAUGGAAGAGGGCUAAUAGAGAGGGUGGAAGGGCUCUUGUCCGAGCUGAAGCGUACCGCCACAGCAUCGGAAGAGGAGCAUUUCACCGACCUACCUAGGCUACAUCCUGUUCUAGACAUUAUUGACAUGUUCACCCAACUUAUUAUCAACACGUCGCAGAACUCAGACGAGUUUGCUUUCUACGCAGCCGAGAAGAUUUGCCAAGCCCUCUUCAGCGGGGUGGACAACACCCUCUUCCUUGAUUGCCUCGUCCACGUUCUGGAACAGUUAUUGAAGAUUGCUGCUAGUUCUGGUACCGCGUUGCACGAUCGCGUUCAGAUCAGCUUCUAUCAACAGCCUCCUCAGCAUAUCCUCAAUAUUUCUUUGAUAACUGCUCUCCUCCAGACGGAUUUCCUCGAUCUACACAGCAUUGACCAGAUGACAGCCAAGAUGUUGAUACAGAGAGAGGAGGCAUACCUGGAGUUCUUCGACAAGCUUCUCGAUCUGACGUUACUCAACGACCGUCCCAUCGCGCUUUUCGCAGAUUUCGUGCGAAGCUUAGAGGCUACUUGGGAGUGGAUCAACGAAGAUCCCAACCUUGAACUUGGUCAACGGCUGAAAUCGAAGUUCCUCAGUUCCGGCCUUACGAAACCGCAGAUCCAAGACGCUCAGGACAACACUGGGAGAUUGGACCAGUUUGAGUACAUCUUUGAAGAAUGGAAUCGACUGUACAACAACUACAAUACCCCAGAAAAGGCACAGGUUGCAUUCGUAAGACAAAUUCGAAGCAGGGGUAUCAUCGCAAGCAGGGAUGACUUCCUAAUCUUUGUGCGAAGAGCCAUUGACUUAACAGUCACCUAUUACGAACAAGUGGUGCACGCAGGGGGUAGUGGUAAUGAAGCUUUUACCACUGUAGAUUCCCUCAUAAAGAUGGUCAUAAUCUUCGCCAAGGAGAGUGCCGUGGAGUGCGAGAAUCGCAAGGAUGGCCUCCUUGCUAUUCUAGGGGCAGUUACGUCCCUCAUUGCGGUCGUUCUCAAUCACCACCAUGUCACAAGAGGCGAGCACUUCAAUCAAAGAGUGUUUUACCGUCUCUUCUCUAUGCUUAUACAUGGCGCUGACUCUACCUUCGUGGAAAACCCGUUGUACGAAUCGGGCCGACCAGAGUUCCUAUUACGAGUGGCCGACACGUUCUUGCAACUAUCUCCAGAGCGUUUCCCAGGCUUUUCCUUCGGGUGGCUAAGCCUCAUUGGACAUCGUCGCUUUGUGCCCGACUUACUCCUCCUCGAGUCAAAGCGCGGCUGGGUUCCGUAUACUAAACUCCUCAAGUCCCUCCUAGGACAUGUAUCAUCGCAUAUGAAAGCGAUCGACGUUACAGAUGUUGUCAAGGAGUUCUACCGUGCCGUCGUGAAGCUUCUGGUGGUGCUUGCACAUGACUUCUCGGAUUACAUGUCGGCCAAUGCCGCCCAACUAUGCUUGAGUAUCUCGCCUCAUUGCACUCAACUGAGGAACAUUGUCCUUAACUGUGGCCCACGAGCGGAAGUAGCGGACUCGGUUCCUCAGGAUUCACAGGCAGACACGGCUAGUAGCCUCGCGUACUUGAGAGAGGUUGGUAUGCUUGAGAUUAUUGAGCAACUCGUUCAGGCUCCACCUUCCGAAGAUGCCAUCGCUCAUCUUACGCAUGCUAUUAACAAGAGCAAUGCGAAUGAUACGACUUAUGGCAACGUACCUCUCGGUGUUGAUCAAAGACUUGUUGACAGCAUUGUGACAUUUAUUGGUCUCCACGCUGUUUCGAAGUCUCGUCAGGAUAGACCACUCUUCGUCCCAGGCUCUCCUGAUGCUGUGACGUUGUCUUUACUGGUGCAUGAGUUACAGCCUCAAGCCCGAUACUUCCUCCUAAGCAGCAUCAUCGACCGACUCCGUCAUUACAGCCCCGCCACUGAGUACUUCAGUUACAUUAUCUUUGACCUGUUCGGUCAGGACAUGAACGAUCCUGAGGAAGCCGAUAUCCGUCAGCAAAUUGUUCGUGUCUUGCUAGAGCGAAUCGCUGGGUUCUGGCCACAGCCUUGGGGCCUCAUGAUGGUAAUCAUCGAGCUAGUGACCAAAGAAAAGUACCACUUCUUUGACCAGCCGUUCAUCAAAGCAGACCGCGACAUCGCGGACCAAUUCAUGGCAAUUGCCAGGCAGCAUCCUCAGUAG